GACGUCGCUCCCUCCCAGCCCCAACGCCACUGGAGGAGGAGGUGGAAGAGGAGAAGGGACUGGCCAAGCCCUUCCUUGCUUUCCCUUGCCUUUGCUCCCGCCGCGGACUCGUCGCCCUUGAAGCCCCCGCAGCAGCGACAGGCAGCCACGAUGCCCUACCAGCUGAAAACAGUGUUUGCCAGCCUCCCGCAGGUCGAAAGGGGGGUCUCCAAAAUCAUUGGCGGAGAUCCGAAAGGCAACAAUUUCUUAUAUACCAAUGGAAAAUCUGUCAUCAUUCGAAACAUAGAUAACCCAGCAAUUGCUGACAUCUAUACUGAACACGCCCAUCAAGUUGUGGUGGCCAAGUAUGCACCCAGUGGCUUCUAUAUCGCAUCUGGAGAUAUCUCUGGAAAGCUUAGAAUUUGGGACACCACACAGAAGGAACAUCUAUUAAAAUACGAGUAUCAGCCAUUUGCAGGAAGGAUAAAAGAUAUUGCAUGGACUGAAGAUAGCAAGAGAAUUGCUGCUGUUGGAGAAGGAAGGGAAAAAUUUGGAGCAGUCUUCUUGUGGGAUACUGGCUCUUCAGUAGGUGAGCUUGCAGGUCACAACAAAGUAAUAAAUACAGUGGACAUUAAACAGACGAGGCCUUACCGCUUAGCAACGGGCAGCGAUGACAACUGUGCUGCUUUCUUUGAAGGACCACCAUUCAAGUUCCAGUUCACCAUUAGUGUGAGUUUGUUUUCUUUCCUAAGCAGAGUCCAGCUUUGUGGUCAGAAUCUUCUCUCCCCUUCCUGUGGUAGCCUUAAAGCAGUUUCCACAUCUUGAGAAAGGUUCCAUCACAAACCCGCGGUAGACAAAA